AUGGGAUACAGCGGUAACGCCACCACCCCCACCGCCGCCGCCGCCGCCACUUCGGCGGCUGAAAAAUCUUCUCCGACCUCGUCAACUUCAUCACUGUUCAGCACUAGUACUACAACGACUACCACCCCUCCGUCGCACACGGUGAUUCUCAGCCCGUGCGCCGCCUGCAAGAUCCUCCGCCGCCGCUGCGUCGAGAAAUGUGUGCUCGCACCGUACUUUCCGCCGACCGAGCCGCUCAAAUUCACCAUCGCCCACCGGGUUUUCGGAGCUAGCAACAUUAUCAAGUUACUGCAGUUUCAGGACCUAGAAGAGGAUCAAAGAGCAGAUGCGGUGAACAGCAUGGUGUACGAAGCGAACGCGCGGCUAAGAGAUCCGAUCUACGGCUGUACGGGCGCCAUCUGUCAGCUCCAGAAGCAGAUAAGUGAGCUCCAAGCUGAGCUGGCAAAGGCGCAAGCCGAAAUAUUCAACAUUCAAUGCCAAAAUUCAAAUUUAUCUGAUAUAAUCUGCAGAAAAAUGGCUGAAGAACAAAAUGUACAAGAAAAAUUGCAGCAGGUACAAGUCGCGCCGUACGAUAAUCACGAGAAUUCAAUUUUCUUCUUCGAUGAGAGUGUUUUGGGCGUCGAUUGGGAACCCCUUUGGACAUAAGAUCAAUAAUUCAGUAAUAUUUGACACUAUAUAUAUAUCUAUAAUAUAUAUACAUAGCAGAAAAAAAGGGUUAAUU